AUGACUCAUCCGUCCCCGACGUCUACUGGACCUUCACGUAAACGGAAUCAACAGCAGCAACAGAAACAAGACGAAACCAUUCAACAGCAUACGACGCCGUUGCUUGAUGUCGUGCCCGUUAAACGUCGACGCUCUUCAGCCGCAUCAACUGAUGAACCCGAGGUUACACUUGGCGAGCACAUUACAGUUGAAGAGCAACACAAGCUACUUGACGGUGCACCUCAGACGGAGUUAUUUCUAGUGACAAUCAAGACACGAGAUGAGUUGAUAAAGAGCACAGAUGUUAUGAGAGAGGCUGAAAUACUGGACAAACUGCUCCUGCAACUGAAGGAGAAACAACAAGAGACACGAGACGAUGGAGACGUGGCGUGGGGACAUGAGUUUGCGGCUUUGGACUCGCUCCGACGGUUCAUAAAACACCAUCAGGACCAGGCGAGACGACAGCUGGAGAAUAAUGUUUUAUACAAGUUGGUGCUGCCCGCAGCAUUGAGUUUGCGCUCGGCUAUGGCUCGAAAUGCGCUGCUUUGUAUGCAGGAACUUAUACUUGGACUCAAGACAGAGACAAUUACGCACUUUGAUGCCAUUCUACCUGUGCUCUUGAAUCGUGCGUGCUCGGAAAAGCAGUUUUUGAAGGACUUGGCGAGGGAUGUGCUGGAGACGGCGCUACAAGCAGGUGGCGAUGAGGAAUUCCUGAACACGUUGCUGACAACAAGCAUGGCGGAGAAGAACGCGCAGAUUGUUAGCGUGGCUGGGUUGUAUGUGACAAAGUGUAUCAUUCGGAUGGACCGCGAACUCUUGCGCGCGUUUGUGCUCGAGAAACGAAGCUCGUUUUUUGACGAAAUGGCAGUUCUUCUCAAUUGCAAGGUUGUCGAAUGCAAGACGGCUACCCGUCGAAGCUGUCAGCACACACGCCGAGUUAUUGGGAAUGAGGAGUUUGUAGCACUGGUUAAGGAAAAACUGAGCGGUACAGCGCUAUCUGACAUCUUGACAGCUUCGGAGAUGCGGAAGGGAGCAAAACCUGGACACGCAAAGCCGAGCAUUCGCGAACGCAUGCUUCAGCUGAAGAAGCAGCAGCAACAACAGAAAAAAGUUCAAAGCGGAGGAAAUGACAUUGCAGUCAUUGUUGUCGCGCCCACGCCUCCUCGAUUAAGGUCAUCAUCAAUGCAAGCGUCGCCAUCGUUAUGA